CUAAACCAUAAAGUUUGUGGUAGGGCAUGCAGAUAGUAGGGUGUGUGGCUUCAAGAGAGACAGGCAGGUUUAGUUCAAUGAAGUCAAACAAAACUUGAGGAAGAAGCAUGUUACGCAAUGAUCUGUACACUCAGAUAAAUAGCUAAAAGGGGAACUUAGCACAACUGCUUUAAGUUCAGGGUGGAAUGACACAGAAGGCCUUGAUGUAAAGGCAUUAGCAGCUGUUUCAAAGCAUCAGCUUUAGAUAGACAGCACUAAAGAGAAAGAGGGAGAGGGAGAGAGCUGCAGAGAAAGAGAGCAGGAACCGAAAACAAGACAGGGGAGAAGCUGCUUUCGUUCAGUGCUAAGAGUGUUACUGAUCUUACUGAAGGCUUCCUGUGUCAGCACCAUGGGAAAGUCAGCCUCAAAGCAGUUUUCCGAGGAGGUGCUGCGAUGCCAUAAUGAGUUUAGGAGGAAGCACCAGGCUCCUCCACUGAAGCUGAGCAGCAAGUUGAGCAGAGAGGCUACCCGUUAUGCUGAAAGUCUGGCCAGCACACGGAUCCUAAAACACAGUGUGGAGUCCAGCAGAGGGAGCUGUGGAGAAAACUUGGCGUGGGCCUCCUAUGACCAAUCAGGAAAGGAUGUUGCAGACCGCUGGUAUGAUGAAGUGAAACAGUACAACUUCGGCCGUCCUGGAUUCUCCUCUGGCACUGGCCAUUUCACAGCAAUGGUGUGGAAGAGCACUAAUAAGCUGGGUGUCGGUAAAGCCACUGCAUCAGACGGUUCUUCCUUCGUGGUGGCCAGAUACUUCCCCGCUGGGAAUAUUACUAACCAGGGGCACUUUGAGAACAACGUCCUCCCUGUUAAAUCCACCACCUAAUGAUGUCUAGAUCCUCAACAUUUGACUCAAGCCCAAAGGCAUUUAUUCCAUUUUCCAGGAGAGUAUGAAGUGCCUGCACUGCUAUGAAGGAUACUCAGGAGAGCACCACUUCUUGCCUAGUAAAGAUUCCAUACUACUACUAUUCACUCGGACUUACAGUCUUAUGUUUGUCAUUUUGAGAUCUGUGUAUGAUGCAAUGCUUAGAAUGAAAGAAGAAAACUGUUUGACAUUGAUAACAAAACAUUUCCAGUAAAUAUGUGGAUUGUUUAUUUUUUGUUUUUAACAUUGCCUGUGUCAGUAUUUCAUUAAUUAAUGCCAAUACUUUUUUUAUUUUCACACACUGAAAUGCGUUAUAGCCUCACAUCUAUAUAUGAGUAAGAAUGGGAACCAAGUCAGUCAAAGGGACAUGUUUUACGCACAUGUGAAAGCAUUGCUUGUCAUUUAAAGUGAUGAUUCAACAUGAUUGGCAUGAAUCUGUGUUAUAGCCACAACUUGUCGAAGCAAUGUGUUUUGUUUUCUACAAUAAAGUUGACAGACCGUCAGAAAUACAUUUGG